AUGCCAUGUUCUGCAGGGAACUGUACUAAUCGAAGUACCCGGGGCUAUCGAUUAUGUCGGUUUCCUAAAGACCCAAAACGUAAAAGAAUUUGAAUAUUUAAUAACAGACGGGAUAAAUGGAUUCCAACCGGUUCAGCACGACUUUGUCAUGUAGGCAAACACGCAUUUAUUUAUUCAUCAUAUUCUAUACUGAAUUGUUAUUUGAAUAAUUCAUUUUGAGGAAAAUCGAGUAGAUGGAGUAAAAAUAUUGAAACACGAUGUAAUUCCCACUAUUUUGGAUGUUCCUAAUCCACCAAAAACAAUAAUGACCGCAAGAAACUUCAUGUAUAAAAUAAAUUAUACAAAUUAUUACGUGUGUGGGGACUAUUUUGAUAAGAAAUAGUGUCAUGUCGUCAUUGUAAAUUGAGUUGUCUAUACCGCGAAAAUGAAAGGAGUGUGACGAUCUCCAAAGCAGUGAAUACAAUUGCAUUUAAACGCUAAAUGCUUUGUUCGUAUUUUAGUAAUAGUCAAACUUGGAAAUUUUAAUAAAAUAAGUUUGACUCUUUGCACGUUACGAUUACGUUAUGCGCUGGCCAUAUAUGCAUGUCAACCGCCGCCGGAGAAUACCGGGAAACAUAUUCCUAAAAUGGCCGGUAACAUUACUAUAUUAAGCCAUGUUACUAUGACCGUAUUCCUGCCGUAGUGUCGUAAACAGGCUAUAAUUUCGAAACCAAGUCAUUUCGCUCAACUUUGACUUCGUUCUUAAAUCGGCAAUAUGCAAAUGUUCAAAACAAAAUAAAUCGAAAAAUUUGCAUGGGCCAUUAAUGAAUUAACAGAUUAUUGUCGCAACAAUAAUAAUACGCUAUGGGUAAUAUUGUCCAAAAUUUCUGUGGUAAUUUUAACUACGGGUGCGUUCUACAUGGCACAUAAAAGCGCUCACCCUUACACUACAACCGUGACGUCACCGAAUUCCCGAGCUCUACGUCAUCGUUCCGCGCUCACGAACGCUCGAACGAAAUAGGUAGUGCAGCUUAGGCGUUUGUGAUAUCUUAUCACGCAGCGACAGUAGCCAAUUAAUAUAUUACGAAAGUUUACAAGUUUUACUAUUGUAAGCAAAACAUCGUAUUGAUUCAAUAUAAUUAAUUCAAUACAAUAUUCACAUUUUAAAAUGACAUGUUGAUUUCUGUGACCCUUAUGGAUGUAAAUAUAAUGUCACAGCACUGUUGCACACCCAUAAUAAUCAACCCUAAAUCAUUUGAAUUAUCCAUUAUAUUGUAAAACGUUGGCAAAAUAAUAAUUGUAAAAAAUAUUCACAAAAACAAACCAAAUUUGUGUAUCGUCUUAUCAAUUUCAUUUUUGAUAACAAUAAACACGGUCUAAGCGCUCAUAGUAGGGUUCACGCACGUUCCACUUGGAGCGUACCUAAGCAAAGCGAUUGUAUGCGUCUGUUUGCUAGUGGAACGGUUCGUAAUCAUGAGCGUGAGCGCUGUAAUGGCACCCGAGACAGGGAGAUUUUCAUAUUUUUUAUAAGAACCUUUGAGGCCGCUUUUUGGCGACUCGUGCAACCAUUCUAUCUAUAACCGUGGUUCAAUCAUUGUUACCAGCACGAAUUAAACUUAUACAUUAAGAUAUACAAACUUAAAAUUGUUUUUCCUUCUUUUUCACAUAUGUGACCUUAAUUGGUUGGGACAGUCAAGUCCUCCAAGUUGGGGGUUGAGCGUAGAGCUAACAACCCUACCUCGUUAAAAUACACAUUGUUACGAUUCAACCAAAAUCGCCUCGGAUAAAAAAUGUGGAGCUAAAGGACUUCUUGAUAGGAACCUGGAACAUAAGAUCGUUGUAUAGGGCCGGACGUCUGACAAUAAUGAUACCGAAUCUUGAAUGAUAUCAACUGAAUAUAACUGCAAUUAAAGUAACUAGAUUGCCAGGACAAGGAAACCUAAAAACAAAUAAUUGGAUCUACUUUUACAGUGGUGGACUGGAUCAUCAAGCAGGAGUUGGCUUUAUCGUAAGCGACAAACUGCUACCUAACGUAAAACGCUUCGAAGCAAUUAGUGAUAGAAUAUGGUAUCUAAAAUUAAAGUGUAAAUGGUACAACUUAGUUAUAAUCAAAGGCUAUGCACCUACUGAAGAUAAGAAUGAGGCCGUUAAGAAUGAAUUCUAUGAAAGACUGGAAACAGUAUGUGAUCUUUUACCAAGUAGUAAAGUAAAAAUAUUACUUGUAGAAUUCAACAUUAAAAUAGGUCAAGAACUUUUCUUCAGUCCAACAAUAGGGGAACAUAGCUUAUAUAAAAACUCAAAUAACAAUGGUACAAGACUGACAGAUUUUACUACGACGUGAAAUAUGGUAAUAAAUAAAGUUAUUCUCCCUCAUAAAAACAUACACAAACAAACGUGGGUAUCGCCAGAUGGGCGAACGAGAAACCAGAUAGAUCACAUAAUAGUAGUAGGUAGAAUUAGAAAAGAUGUAUAAUGGAUGUACGUAGCAUGAGAGAUAGUAGUGGAAUAUCAUAUUAUUUCAUUGUGAAAACUAAAGUCAGAUUUAGACUAUCAAUAAAAUGGAAAGAGCGAAAAGCACCGGCCAAAAGGGUAAACAUUGAACCACUAAAGAAUUCUUAGAUAGCAGAACAAUACAAAAAUAAGUUAAGUGAAAUAUUGCGAUCAGCUUAAGAGGAGAGCAGUAUAGAUGAGAUGUGGGAAAAAACAGAGAAGUCAGUUAAGAAAAUGGAAGAGGAAGUUCUGGGAUUUCAAGGAAAACUAUCUAUAAUGAAAUGGUUUAAUGAAGAAUACAGGACUACCAUGUUAGAAAGUGACAAUGCAAGAACAAAUAAUACUAAGAAAUCCAAGUGAAGCCAAUAAACGAGUAUUAGCCUUAAAACAAACAAAAGCAAAACAGAUAAUCAGAAAAAAAAA